ACCCGCUCUGUUUGACCGGGUUUCUGUUGCAGUUCCCGGAUUGCAAAACAUAGGUAACGGUAGCAGUAACAAUACUAUGGAAACGACUAUGAAUCUGGUGGGCAAUCAUGAGGAAGACAGUGAAAUGAUGGACAGCUUUUUCCAAGGAAACCCUAUUGAUUGGAACCUCGAUGACAUCGGUCUGGACCCUAUCAUCGAUCCGCCAUUGCCCAUUUCCCAUGAUUUGUCUUCUCUCUUACACAAUGCUGAACCUUGUGCGGAAAACGUCGGCCAAUAUCUCGACCCACAGCCUCCUUCGACAUCAUCUUCCAGUGAUCAGAUGAUACCGAAAUCUGAGUUUCAAGGUGCUAACCAGCAACAAAACUUCAAUGGAGGGUUCAACUUUAAUGGUUAUUACAUGAAGAAAUAAGCUCACACUACAUUUUCCUGGCGCGAUCGAUCGGCUUUCUUGGGAAUAAACGCGGAUAUUGUAGUUUGUAAA